AUGACAGUUCUGACUUGGGUGAUAGUAGGUGCCUCUCGUGGCAUCGGCUUAGAGCUCGUUAAGCAAUUGCUCGACGGUGGUCACCACGUCUUAGCAGCAGUCCGCAACGUGUCCGCAGCCCCGAAACUCUUCGAAUUGAUCGACGCGCAGAACGCCAGAGAAAAAUGCGUUGUGCAACAAUGUGAUAUCACCAGCAAUGAAAGCAUCACCAACUUCGUUCACAAAGUUCAGGAAGCCGUGAACAACGGCAUGACAUUGGGAAACGUCAUCCUCAAUGCGGGUGUGUUGAAGUAUCCCAACCGGGCGACCGAGAUAACGUUCUCUGAUUUUGCUUUGCACUUGUACACCAACACCAUUGGGCCGAUCGUCUGCGCCCAAAAGCUCAUCAACCUUAGUCCUCACUCGCCGCCUCCCAAAGUUGUUUUCAUUUCAUCGGAUUCAGGAUCUACAACGCAGUUCAUGGACUUCGAGGACGGAUUUGGUGCCUACGCGGCAAGCAAGAGUGCUCUCAACCAAAUGUUGAGGCAUAUGGCAGCGGAGCUGGGACGAUCCGAAGAAAAGAAGCGGGAAACUGUGAUAUUAGCACUCCAUCCUGGAGAGGUUGAAACUGACAUGGCCGACAUUGAGUUGGGCUGGGAGGUCAAGGGAUCAAUUAGCGCUCAGGAAAGUGUCUCUGGAUUACUGAAAGUCAUUUCGGAGAAGGGUGAAGCCGGCGUUGGUACCUUCUGGUGCUGGGAUGGAAGGAGCCAUCCGUGGUAG